CAUCAAGCCAAAAUGUUUGGGUUUCUUUUUCUAUGUAAGAGCAGCACCAUCCUCUACUUAACAUGUGUAAGAACAGCAGACCUGUGGAGAAGUAUUGUCCAUAGCCAUGUGGGAGCUCUUUGGCAGCUAGUGCUUGUGGACUGUGCGUCUAGUUCUCACGUAGUUUACGUGCCACCUCAACAGUCAUCUGUAAUUCUCUUUUUUCUCUCCUUGCCCUGCUGUAACUGAAAGCUUCAUCUGGUGAAAACACCCCGACUGCAGAUGAUCACGAAACCAUAGCUGAUCAGACACAGCUGGACCCAGUGGAGUGUGUGAGUCUUGCCUCUGAGGAGACAAACCUGGGUGAGCGUCUGCCAGGAGAGGAGCCUGCAGCCAUGAUUCUGGCCAUAGAGGGGAAGACAGAUUCAGUCAGUAAAAGGGAGGAACCAGAGGGCACCGAGCCCCUGCCUGCACAAGAGGAGGAGAGCUCUGAGCUGCCAACUGUGUGGCAAGAGGAGAGCAAUGGACCUUCACCUCCAGCACAUGGAGAGGAUGCAGGAGCACCAUCCCCAGGACCAGCAGAGGACAGUGGACUGGUGGAGGACAGUGACAGCUCUGUAGUGGAAAUCAUCAAGAAAGUAUAUAUUACUGAAGAGGACCACCUCAUUGAGGGUGAUACCGGAGAGCAGGUGGAAACUGAGCUGCUCAGUGGGACGGUAAGCAGGGGGUCUGAAACAAAAGAAGAAACAGGAGAAGCUGUGGAGAGUGCUUCAGCAACAGAGAUAGCACCGAGAGAUGUACCAUGCACCCUGAAGAUCUGAGGAGUGGAGGAACCCAGGACCCAGGAUGCCCCAGGAACCUUCAGCUGCAUCUCACGGUUGGUUUCCUCCUGCAAGCUGAGAAUUCCACCAGCACCUAUGCCAGCACAGCCCUGCUCCCAAACACAAGAGAUGAAAUCGGCAUGGGAGCCAUGCUGCCUGCCUGUGUGUUAGAUCAUGAACUGCAGCAGUUAUAUUGAACAAUUUUAAAGCAUAAAUCAAGAGGAGUUCAGUGGUAGAGAACAGCAGCAGUAAUAGCAACACAGGAGGCUGCACUUGGAAAUAGACUAUGAAUAUACAAGGGAGUCAAGAAAACUUGCUCACCUCAAAGUCACUCUUUCUACCACUGUUGUUACAAGGAAGACAAGUGACAAUACACAUUCUUACCUCACUGUUCAACAUUUUCAGGUCACUAAGCCUGGAA